CCGACCACUAUCAGUUACAAGCUAAAUUUCACUCACUAAGUUGCAAUUUCACAUUGUUUACUAGAAUGCUGCCUUCGGUUAUCAGUGCACUGCUGCUGGUGGGAGGCACGUUUGCUGUUCCGGUGAAUCCAAGAGCACGGAUAAUAAACGGAACUGACGCAUCCAUUGAAGAUUUCCCAUUCAUGAUCUCGUUACGAAGUUACACUGGGUCUCAUUCUUGCGGAGGAAGCAUCGUGUCGAAAAAGUGGAUUAUGACUGCUGCACAUUGCGUCAACAAUAGUACCACGCCUUUCUUGCAAACAAUCCAAGUUGGGCGAUCCAAUAUUUCGAAACCUGAAGACAGUUCUGUUUAUAAAAUUUCGAAAGUUAUCAUACAUCCAGGUUACAGUCCAGAGAACAGCUACGUGAACGACAUUGCCGUGUUUCAGUUAGUGGGAGAGCUGGAGUUUUCGGAUUACGUACAACCGGUUCAGCUACCGGAGGCAUGUUUUGAGGUCGAUGCCGAUGAUUCCGGAGUUACUCUGAUAGGUUGGGGUCUCACUGACGAUGGAGUAGUACCGAGCACCCUGCAGAAAGUGAACUACUAUGUAGUGCCCAACUACGAGUGUAACGACAUCCAUUCCUCUGCAACGAUCCAUUCCAGUCAAAUUUGUGCAGCCUAUCCGGGUGGAGGAAAAGGUCAAUGCAGUGGGGACUCUGGUGGACCUCUUUUGCACAAUGACGUUCAAGUCGGUGUCGUAUCGUGGAGCAUAAAACCUUGUACCGUGGCACCGUAUCCCGGCGUGCUGACAAAGGUUUCUCACCAUUUACCAUUCAUUUACGAAAACACCGAUCUCGAUUCGACAGGAGUAGACCUGCGGUAUUGUCUUGGUUUUUGAAUGAUGUUAAAUAAAUUAUCACUUCAAGGUAAAUGGGAGUGCAUCUUUCUUAAAAAUUUUA